GCGGAAAAUAUUGACAUGUUCGCCUUUGGCCUUCGUGAUCCCGGUGACCUUUUUGGACUUAACUACUGGCGACCCCCUGGCUAUGUCGAGGAAGAGAUCAGGCCAAUCCUUCAUGAACUGUCUGUACUGCCCCUUGACACCCAGCGAUUUGACAAACUUAUCGAAUGGAUAGUUGUGCAAUAUGUUAUUGCCGAGGCAUUUCAACAGCCGCUGACGGCGCUUAUCGCGUACUUCGGGGGGCUCCGAUUCCCCUGGUGGCAGCUCGGUAUAUUUUUGAAUUUUCUGGGGCGUUUGGAUAGUGCCGCCUGUCUUGCUGUUCUGCCUAUUUGAUUCGGCGGGGUCUUAUUCGGAGGAGCUAUCUCAGACAUCAUUGAGAGAAAGGGAAAGGAAAAGGGAGAGGAAGAG